AUGAGUGUGGCAUCAGAAGAGGAGUUCGAAGUCGAGAAGAUCCUCGGCAAACGUAAACGACAAGGCGGUAUCGAGUAUUUGAUAAAAUGGGCCGGCUACGACGAUGAGCAGAAUACAUGGGAGCCAGAAGAGAAUCUAGACUGCGCGGAUAGAAUCAGAGAAUUCGAGGAAAAGCAUGCCGCUGAUAUAAAAUUACAAAAGGAGAAAAAGUCCAGGAAUAGAAAAAAAUCGAGAGAUAGUGCGAAAGAAAAACGUCGGAAAAGCUCGAGGCGAAAUAAAGACAAAGAUAAACCACAGGAGCCUCUGGAAAAUGUAGAGGAAGAAAAACCAAGCCAUGAGCCAAAGAUUCCUCCGAUACGGAUUGUUGGACUAAAGCGGAAACGAGAGGAGACGGCCGAAGAAGCUCUCCAAGCCGAAAUGAUAUUUAGCCGGGGUUCUUCAUUUCCGAUUGAUUCAAUAUUCAGAAAUCAGGAAAUAAUACUUGCCUCUAUUUCAAUGAUUGAACCUUCACAAAGAGUAGAAUCGAAUUUCGUUGAUUCAAGGAAGGGAGAGCUCGCUGAAGAAAGACCAGAUCCACAGGACACACCUGGACAACUUUUGGUUGCUGAGUACAGACGUUCGAACCCUGGAAAAUUGGAACAAUUGGCUUUCGAAGACGACGAUGUCGACGAAGCAAAUGAUGAGCCAGAAGCAGCCGAUGAGAAUGAAGAGAAAGUGGAGGAUGAAGAAUCUGUCGAUCCGAACUUUCUCAAGAAAGAGCGUCAGACGAAAAAAGCGCCGCUGAUAGAUCCGGCGCACCCAGAUAUCAAAUGGGAGAAACCGUGGGAAGAUGAAGCACUUGAAGCGAUGCACAUUCAGAAUUCAGAUGACGAAAGCCAAGACGGACCCCAGACUGAUCAAAUCGCUGAGACGAAUGAGAAAAAGAAGGCGGCGAAAGAGGAGGAUGAAGAGGUCGUCGGUGACGAAAAGAAAGAAGACGAUCCCUGGGCUGAUCUAGAGAAAGUCGGCUUUAAUCGCGGCUUUGAAGCUGUCAAAAUUCACGAAUGCGUUGCAGACAACGACGGCCAAAUUUACUUUGCAAUCGAGUGGAAAGAUAGCAAGAUAAUUGAUUUCGUAAAAAGCGAAGACUGCCGCAAAAACUGUCCGAAGCUUGUAUGCGAAUUCUACGAAGAGCUGAUGGUGGAAAUGAUCCACGAAUGGGACGGUAUCUUUGAUAUAGACUCCGAACCCGAGUACGAGUAUGAAAAAGAGGCUGACUUUAAUGAGGAUCCGUCGGUAUCAAUUCCUGGGUUGCAACGAGGGACUACAGGAAUAACAGAGGCUCCGAGCCCUCUUGAAGAAAGCCUUUCUAAUCUGGGAAUUAACGGAGGAGAAUCGCAAGAGAAUGAUGCUUCUUCCGCCAUGGAGCAAGAUCUGCCCACAGUGAUUGAAAAUAAAGAAGGCUCUCUGGAAGGCCCUCCAAUUAUAGACGAUCUUCUCCCCUCCCUGGACGAAAUCCCUGAAGCAACUUAA